CUCUAACUAGAGUGCUCUAUAUUUAAGAAGGUGUGAUUAGAGUUGUGUUUUUAUGUUUCUAAUACUCAAACUUUUGAUACAUCAUUUGAGUUUGAGUCAUUUUCAAAUAACAGAAUGUCCAAAAACAGGGUUCAAUAUGAUCUAAAUACGGCGGCUGGCCUGAUGCCGCUCAUACAAGCGCUCAUCAAACCACCGGAUUCUGGUGAAUCUUGUUCCAAAUUGGUUGGAAGAAAACCAAAUCAUCCGUACUACAGGAAACCUGGCCGUGGACACAAUAAUGACUCCUGUGACGCUUGCGGUGAGGGCGGUGAUCUGAUUUGUUGCGACCGAUGUCCUUCCAGUUUCCAUCUUGGCUGCCAUGAUCCUCCACUUGAGGAAGAACAUAUUCCGAAUGGACUCUGGAUUUGUCAUACAUGCAGAAUGACGGAAUCGGUCAAAUGUGAACCGCAGCAGGAAAUCUGCUUGGAUGCCGCACCUGUGGAAUCGUUACAAAUAAUGAAGGUAAAAAAAAUGCGCAAUAGAAGUACAUCUCGCAAAAACUCGGCAACAAGUAUUGGCCUAGAUAAACCUAUCAAUGCUGCUAAGGAUGAAAUUGCAGAAAAUUUUAAUGUUAAAAAACUGGACGAUCUAGUUGAUUUGACACCAAUGGAUCAACUGAUUAGGGCAGCUCGAAUUCUCAAUCCCCGUCAGUUUGAAUUGCCUCGCGAAAUGAAUAGUCACUUUCCUUUCCCCGGAACGGAGAAACUGGAUUACUCACAUAAAAUGGCAAAUAGUAAACGCGGAGGUAAAGGACGCAAGGUUUACGAAUUGGAUGGGCAAGGGUUGGUACCGCUGCCUGCAAAAACUUGUCACGCCUGCGGCAAAUCUUGUAGGAAAGCUCCACUGAUAGCAUGCGAUUAUUGCGAUUUGUUCUUUCAUCAGGACUGCCUUGAUCCUCCCUUAACGGCUCUUCCAACUGCCAUGUGGAUGUGUCCGAACCAUGUCGAGCAGUUCAUCGAUUGGAAGCUUGUAAAUUCAGUGUCGGCAACUGAACGGAUGAAACUGUGGAAUCAUUUCAGUGUUAUUCAUGAUCAGGAUAGUGUCAAAAAUGAAUUUUUUCGCAAAGUUCAUCGUCGAAACCCUCCAUUUCGCAUUAAGCAAAAACCAAAGUUGCGUGAUCGCAUCGAAGUUCCAGCAAUGAUCGAGUAUCAUUACAAGAACCCACCAAGCUUGAUACCCUCAUUGCGUGAGCUGUUGCGUUCUGAACGAGUGAACCGUCAUGCAGAUCACACUAAACCAUUUUAUGACGAUUCUCAGCUAUUGGCAAUAAUCGACACGGAGCUCAAGGAAAUUAGUGCUGCAGAUGAAAAAAUCGAAAAGCUUGGUCAAUAUAUAAAUAACACAGAUAAAGAAUCUCAAGCUUAUGCAAUUUCUCAGGAAUUGCCUGUCAAGCUAAGAUGUCUAAGAAGUAAGAAAAACAAAGGAUCACCGAAAAAAAAUUCCAUGGAAGAAACUAUUAAAUCGCAAGCUACGAUUGAUUCAGAAGCUUCAAACCAAUUGAAGGAACUAAAGAAUAAGUCAGAACGUAUGAAAGCGGACGCGGUCGAUGGAAACAAAUUUGGCGAUGAUCGUGCUGAGUUUCAAAAAAUUAACGGAGAGCUAGCAUGUCUCGAUGAUUCUCUGAUUAAAAUGCUAGCGUAUCAACGACUACAACAAAUAAUGGCACAAAGUAGCGAUAAAAUAGAGAAAGAUGGCAAUAAUUCAAUUAAAUCAAUACGUAAAAUUGUCAAGAUAGAAGAACCAGCAAAAUCCAUGCCUCUACCGAGCCAACUAUUGACGAAAGAUGACAUAGAACGAAUUGCAAGAGAAUUCACCAGUCCAAAGAGGGAGUAUGAAGUGUCAGAUGAUCAUGCUUUGUCGUUACCUUCCCCGCUGAUUAAACAAGAAAUUAAGGAGAACAAGCCCAAUGCAGUUGCCAAAACACAAGAGCAGAAGUUAGUUCUGCUUACAGAAAACCUCGUCAAAUAUGCGACAUAUCAGGACAUUCGUGCUCGCGCCGUCGUCACCCCAGUUGACGUUAAUGUCCCAGGCUGUGGUUGGUUCGAAAAUCCAGAUAUUUUACAAUCCGUUCAUAUGCGAUAUCGUUCACUUUCGAUCGGCAGUGGGCGUGGAAAUGAUAUUCAGUUGACUCAGUUUGGUAGCUGCCAAUGCAUCUCGGAUAAACAUGCGACGAUAUUUUAUGACGAGGUAACAAAAAUGUUUGAACUACUGAAUUAUUCCGAGUUUGGAACAGUCGUGAAUGGACAAUUGUUUGCUUGUGAUUUGACUGAUUUCGCAUUACAAAAUAAACUCGAACCUUCUGUCGAAUCGGGUCAUCCGCCAACGAAGAAGUCGAAAAAAGAUGAAGCUGAUGAUUCUAGUAAGGAUAACAAAAUCGAUAAACAAAAAAUCCGACAAGAGGUGGUGAGCUUAAUUAACAUGUCACGGCAAAGUGCUAGAGAAAAUUGCGAUUUCCUGUCCAAUACUAGGAUGGCAAACGUUUGGCACCCCAAGUGUGGCUGCGCUGGAUUGAAUCGAACAAUACCUGGUUGGGAAGGAACAGCUAUACUAUAUCAGGGAGCACUCUUAAAAUUCGGUUGCCUAUCAUUUGUAUUUACUAUCACAGACUAUGAUAUCAAUAUGAAGGAUUUCGAUGACACGGAUGCUACAUCCGAAGAAGAAUAAAUUACCCUAAUAAACAUCGUAUGAUUUAAGAGCCUAACGAACUGUUCAGGGUAUCAUCCAAACAAUAUGUGGUAUCGUUGGACUAUAUGGGUUAAAAUUUGUGUACAAUAUUUUUUUAUUAGGGUAACGCAAGCUCAUAUCGUCGCUGUUGUGCUAUCUUAUGACAAGCACCAUUUUGCACAUUUCGAGAAAAACGAUUUUUAAAGUUUGAGAUUGAAUAUCUUGAAACUUAUAAAUGGUAUAAACAAUUCAAAGAAAACAAAUGAUGCUUCUAUCUAUUCUGCAUUAAUCUUUCAAAUAUUACGAAAAUCGGUUAACUACAUUGCGAGUUUUCUUUAAAAACUACAAGGGGCAGCCCUAUGGGGUUGCACGAGCUGUAGACGUAGGACUAUAUUACUUAACGUAAAAUAUUUAUUUUCUUAAUACAUUUAUAGUAAUAAUAAAUCAAACAUAUUUCUUACGUAUGGUUUAAUCACAACCAAUCAACAUCGAAUAUUACAUAUUUAACCAAACCUUCUUGGUUAUCAGGUCAUUUCAUUUGUAGUAGGUGAUCGAAUCCGAUUAAACUUAUUUAAGAAGAUCUGAAGAAAGAAGACAGAAAACUGUGAUUGAACUAAUAUCUGGAACUAAAUCUUUAUAGAAUAAGAUUAGCUUGUAAAACCUUUUCGAUUGUGUGUGGUAAAAACCCGGACCAGUGAAGAAAAAUCAAAUUUUAGGCAAUAUAAUCACAUUUCACAAGCAUUCUAGUUAUAUUUUGCCGUUAUUAUAACUUUCCUAAAGUACGCAUGCAAAUAUAGCGAAUGCAGUGGUCUUAAUCAUAUACCGAAACUAUAAAUAUAUAAGAAUCGAAAACAAUUUUAUAUGUGCACAAGAUGCGUUUUUAAACGGUUUUUCAAGUGGCAGUGUAUUCAUUCAUAAAUAGGCUUUGUAGUAUGUACCUAUUAGUAGAAUCAAAGUAUUAUAGGCUGAGUGGAAAAGAAUCACGUGAUGGGGAAAUGAAUCAAUGAAUUGAUCGUACAUAAAUAAUAAACUUUCGUUGUGCAAUUUAGUAACAAAUUAGAUCUAUCUACCUACACAUUCGCUUCAAACAUUAAACCCAAGCGCACAAAGCAAAAUGAAUCAACGCUGAUAGAGCGAAAGAGACAACUAAUACCACGACACUAUGUUAACCGUGUUUGCAAAUGGAGCUCGCAUGUACAAACUAUUUUGUGUACGAAUAAUUAUACAUAAAAGUGUGCUGGAAACGAGCACAACACAAAAGAUAGCAUACGGACAAGCUCAUUCGCAUUCACUGGGUGUAACGGACUUCUAACUCAGCUACACUGACUGUAAAAGCACACAGCGCAGUGAUCUGCUUCGCCUGCCGCUCUACAGGCGACUGAGCUGCUUCGGCGAAAUCCGUCCGUUUAAAUAGUCGAUGAUGACGUCAUUCAUAGAAGCGUAGCGCGCUAGGUACACAAAUCUGUCGUGCUGGACUAGGGAAACGCUAUCUUCUGUGUGUAAAUGCGCGAUAUUUUAACUAGGUUGUUCAUUAUUUAAAUUUUUAAUGCCAUGAAAUAUCAAAAAUCUUUGGGUUUAUCUAUUGAAAUCUAUUCUUAGAAGUAUUUCGGGGCGACAUGCGCAAAAAAAUUGAAAAUUUAUCGUGAGAUGGCUGAAUUAUAUGCGUUUAAAAUUGGACCACUUUUCGUUACAUACCAUUUUUGUAGAAUUUGCAACGUGCACCCCUAUAUCGAAAACAAAGACGUAGUCCUACGUCAAAAAUGUAAACAAAAGUCGGUCUCACACGUAUCAUAAGUGUGCAUUGAUGACAAAAUUUGUAUGGCGUGUCAUAAUCGUGCAUGGAAAAUAUAAACAAUCGGUGAGAUGCAUUUUGAAGGAAAUGAGUCAGGGAAUCUAGGAAAAAUGGUUAUUACACAUAUUGGUUUUACAGUGUUUCCAAAUAUGCUAUAUUUCCAGUUUAAAACUUAAAUUGCUUUUUUGUCACAAUUCUUGCACUUUUGUUUUGAAAAUGAUUAUGCCAUUGUGUUUAUCAGAUAGUUUUACAUAUAAAAACAUCUCAUACAUAAAGAUAAUUUGAGCGAAUCCCCAGACACAGUCAUUUGAAGCAAAAAAUUAAAAAUUUCUCAGCGCGUUUCUCGCUAUAUCUCAGUAACCAAGCAGAAUAUCAAAAUUCUGUAAACGCUACUUUGUACAGAUUUUUUAGACAAGUAUUGUGGCAUAUCUAACUCAGUUUACCCCAGAAUGGCGUUUGUCAUAAGAUAGCACAACAGCGACGAUAUAACGAUGUAAUGUAAUGUGGGAUGCAUAAGUAUAGCAAAGAAAUACUGUACUCAAAAAUACGUUAUUUACUGUUCUUUUCUAAUUCUACAACAAUCCAUUUUGAUCAAUAGUCCUAUCCACGAUGACGUCAUCAUUUUCAUUUUGACAGUAGCUGCGGGUGGAACUGAGCUCGAUGUUUUUCUUCUUGCGUUGUGUUUAUUUUUGUAUGAAAAUUGACUAUCGCUAUUUUUGUUUAUCCAACUGUAUUUGGAUAGUUGUGAUUUUUAUUUAAAAUGACUCAUAACUGUGCAGUAGGCAGUGUUGGGAAAUUAUCAAAAAAUCAAAAAUCGGUAACGCAUAAAAUUACUAGUGAUUCUCUUACUCGAUAUUUAUUAUCAGCAAAAUCACGGAUGAGUUUAGCAAUACAAUGAAAAUGUGACAUCCAUUACGCCUUCUUCGAUCUCAUCAUCGUGAUAAGUUUUUCUUUCACACGUACUCAUAAAAUCAUCUAAAGAAAAAUCAAUCUCACCAAUUAUCAAUGAUGUAUGAUAUUGAUUAUUUUAUUAUGCGCAUAAACUGCUAUAUCAGUUUCGUCUGCCAUUUUGCAGUAGCUGCGAUUGAACAACUAGAGCUGAAUAUAACGGGAGAUGCGGGAAGGUAAUUAGGGCCCAACACAUUUGUUUAGGGGGGAAAUGUUCUCGUAUGCAGCGAACCAAAAUAUUAAUUUAACGUUAUAGUACAAAUAGUACAUGUCCCUAUACUAUUUAACAUGUUUGAGUGUUAGGAUUUUAGUUGACCAACAGCCCAACAGGGCUUACAUCGUGAUCACCGAAGUCGCCAAAACACUAGAAACCCGGAAACUUCACACGGUUUCUUUGCUUUAGGGAGUUUGAGUGAGUGUAACAUCGACUACACCAGUGUAGUGCAUUGUCAAAAACGAAAAUGCCAUUAGUUGUGUCUUCUACUAAUAGAGCCUACAAAAUAUGAUGAGAGAGUUUAGCCAGAGACAGAUCAUCUAACGCUGAGAAAAAUUGUUCACGAUCUUUUAAUAAAAUUUCUUCUACUCAAAUGUA